GAUUUUUGGCCGAAGAAAAUUGUUACCUAAAAAUCUAGUUGGAUAUUUAUGUUGAACUUUCUUAAACAGCGUAAUGAAUAUAUCUGGUGCUAUUAAAUUUUCAAUCUUAUACAUGAAAAUACGGACUUGAAAAAUGUUUAGCUGACAUGCAUUGAGAAUACCAAGUUCUUUUAGCAAUGGUCUAGAAUGGGAACAUUUGUUCUGUCGUAAUAUAAUCCUACUGGUGUGUUUUUUGCUGAAUGUGCAGGGUUUUUUUUCUUGUCAUAUCAGUGCUACCCCAUGCAACGUUUGCAUAAUUUUAAUAGCAGUAUAUGAAGAAAAAAUAUAUGUUUCUUAAGCAGUUCUUAUUCAAAGCGAAACUGGCUUAAUAUAAGAUUCCUAAGUUUCUAGUAAUUUAGUUUUUGAAGUGUUGAGGGAUAAUUCAUAUUUUAAUGAAUUUGAUAAAAAGUAUAAAUAUUUACUAAUUUUCUCUAAAAAUUUGAAGUUUUUCAAAAUUCUAGAAUAGAAGAUAUGAGAAUUUCAGUACAGGCUAUUUUCCUGUAAAAUGGACCUUUUUCAUACCCUGUUUUUUGUGCCAUUUCAUUUCCACUUCUCCUGCAGAGCAUUGCAUCGCGAUUGUUCGUUCAUAUAUCAAUUGCGCACAUAUUAAAAUGGUCAUAAAUUUGAUUCUACUUAACGUACGGGGCUCAUUGACCACUCGUUGCAUUUGUCUCAGUCUGUGGAGCAAUCUUAACUUGCUUUUGCGCUUAAACUCAGACUCAAUAAAAAUACCCCGUAUCGCCUAACUGGCGUCAAUAUGAUUUAUCGUAGUUAAGUAACUUGUCCUUGAGCGAUUAAAGAUAUAGUUUUUUAAGGAAGAAAGCGUACGUGACCACAGAAACUAUUUUAAUUACUUCUUUGUGUAUAAUUAAUCCAUGACGUAAUUAUAUAUAAUUUUUGGCUUUAUUUCAUGUCUUGAAAGAUUGACUACAUCAUUUACUAGUUUCUAAUACGCGCCGAAGUUGUUUACUUUUUCACAGAGGACCAAUCUAACAAGGUGAGACAAUGGGAGACCUGGACAAUUCUUUUGCUUCGGUAUCUUAUCAAGAACAACUUGAGAGAGCUAUGUGGUACAAGAAUGAUCUGGAACAAGGUGGAUGGAGAGAAAUCCAAAAUACCAGUGAUGGAGGUUUUUGGAUUAAAACCAUGCCAAGUGAUGAAGUUCCUAUAAAGAUACUGUUCACCUAUAACAUGCCGAUGUCUGCAGCAAUGUUUAUGAAAAUGCUUAAUGCUGAUCACCAUGAACUACGUAAAAAAUGGGACUCAGCUUUCGCUAAUACAGAGAUCCUUGAAAGAUAUCCCAAUAAUGGAGGCUAUGUGUUGUUUCUCAAAACGAAAACUCCGUGGCCUUUGCGCGAUCGAAGUUUUGUUUUGUUUACCGCACCAAAUAAAGAAGUGGAAUGGUUUGGGGAAAAGGCCUAUCUUAUAGUGCAAAAAAAUGCUUGGCAUAAAUUAAAACCAACUGGCGAUGAUGGUAUGGUUAGAGCUACAAACGGUGGGAAUUUUUUUGUUGUAAUUCCGGAUGACAAGAAUCCUGAAAGCAGUUGUCGUGUUUUUUCUUUAUCUAAUAAUAACUAUAACGGAUGUCUACCUCAAACAAAUAUUGAGUUUGUAUUGGCUCGGUUGGUUCCGAAGGUUAUUGGAAGGUUGCAAAAAGAUAUGAUAGCUGGAUAUGAAAAAUAUUUCAAGGACGGGCAGAAUUAAUAAUAAGCAGCCUGAAGCAACAUGUAAAGUAAAAUAAAAAAAUGUAAAUGCUUUAACAACUGGAACACAAAAAAGCAUCACGUUUAUUUAUUGCUUUUCGCUGUCACCAUCUCCAUUGUUUUUUUUUAAAAAAAAUUGAUUAUACCUGGACAUUUUGGCACGUAUGGGUGGAAGGGCGUAAAGUUCCCGUUCGCGACAAAUUCCGAACUAUUUAUGCUUAACUGACGAAACUUGAAACAUUUGUGAAAAGUAUUGAUAUAAACUUAUUCCAAAAAGUGAAAAUAAUUAAUGUGAUGACGUCAUAGCGACCAGAAAUGACUUUGCACAUACCAAAAAUAGGCCAUUAAAUUCGGUCUCUGGCUUACCUCAGCAAUAAUUAUUGCAGAGGUAAGCCAGAGACUGAAUGAGUGCAAGCGAAGCCCAUUUUGCGAGCGUAAAUAUUUCUUACUAAGAAACAUUUUCAAAAAGUUAGUCAGUUGUCCACUUAUGACUUUUAGUCAAGCUCCGCGUAUUACCUCCAGAUUAAAAAGUAUUUUACCUACU